GAGCUGGGUUAAUGUGCCCCUCACCUUUACAAGUACUCUCCCUCUCUUUCUCUCUCUUCCACCUAGCACCGUCAUCAAGAACUCUUCAUCUUCCUAAUUUCUGUACGAAUUUCAACGUUUCUAGGGUUUUCGCCGGAAAAAUGUCGUCUACGGAAGAAUCCAGUAACGACUACGAGGUCGGGCACCGAGCCGAGUUGGAAGGAAAAGGCGCUUCAUCUGCGGGUGGCAGCACGGAGGAAGCUACGGAAGCUACGAAAACCCUAAUCGAAAUGCAAAAGGAGGCAUUACAAUGGCGAGACCAGAAAAGGAGGACGACAAUGGCUGGUCGUACCAACGAACCCCCCUCAAAAAAACAGGAAAAAAUUGCUCUAACAGGCUCAGCAGAAACACUAAGGUUAACGGCCAAUAUCGGGGCUUAUUGGGCAUUUAUGAAGCGCCUUGCCCCGAAGAUCCGUCAGUGGCAUAGGGAUGCAUACUGCGGUUCUAUAUUUCAGCACUACAUUUUGUUUGGGGCUCCUGCGGCUGAUCGGCCCACCCUUGAGCUGCUGCUGAGCUUUUUCGAUAGAGAUAAUAACACCUUUUGUAUACCUGAUUCAAAAAGUGGGGGUAUGAAAAAUGUUAGUUUUGAUUUGCAAUGGGUCCACAACCAUACUUAUUUCCCAAUUUAUGGGGAGGACAUAAGGAACAAUAGGGACUCAAGAAGCAGAAUAUGGCUGGAAUACUUCGCUAAGCUUUUCAUUUCUGAAGAGGGUAAGAAGUUAAAAAAAUCAGAAACCAGCCAACGUAAACAUCUUGAAGGGCUACUUGAACGGCUUGUUGAAUCUACCAAAAAGCGGGAUAUCGAGGAUUUUGCUCUGCUACAAAUUUUGUACCAAUGCUCUAUGAUAUGGAGUCCCAUAGCAGGGGAAGGUAUCCCUAGACCCUUACUCAGGUACCUGGAUAGCAUUCAGAGGGUCAAUUCUGUUGCAUGGGCCCCGUUCUUUUAUAAUGAAAUUAUCAGGGGCAUUGGAGUUGCUUUGGAGGGAAAGAAGAAGCAAAAGGUCGCAUAUGUCCCAGGUUGCAUGACACUAUUGUGUGUAAGUUCCAUAUUUUACUGAUCUUGUUUCAUUCUAAUUCGUACCUAUGCAUUGUUAGUUCUAACUUAUUCUAUGUUAGUUCUAUUCUGUAGCGUGUUAGUUCUAAUCUGCACAGUGUUAGUUCCGUUCUGUAGAGUGUUAGUUCUAAUCUGCAGAUUAGAACUCACACGCUACAGACAGAUUAGAACUA